AUGACUGCUCCUUCCGACCAAAUGCUACCACGCGUCUCUGCGCCUCCAGCUCUUGACGAAGACAAGGAUACCUCAAGUAACGGCUCUAGUCAAGGGUUCAUGCCGGACACAGUCGGAGCCGAACUCGACGAUGAUGAGAUCGAAGAGCCUAUGGCCCAGAGUGCCGAUGAAAAUGAGAACGACGAACUCGAUAACGAGUUUAAGCUCAGCAGUUUCACUUGCUUUGCAGAAUUGCCAAUCGAGCUCCGUCAACAGAUUUGGAAGCAGGUUUGCUUUAUCCCGCGCAACAUCGACCUCUUCUGCGGCUUUACAUAUUCUCAGAGAGACGAGAAAGCGCAAGCUCAACUUUACAAACUGUUCGCCACUCACCAAUUGGCGUUUAGGAGCAUGUGUGGACGCAAAGUACCACCAAUUCUCCACACUUCUAAAGAAGCUCGAUCAGAGGGUCAAAAAUAUUACAAGGUUGGAUUUGGGAAGACUACAGAGAAUGAUAUUGGAGGCAUGUUACUGUGCUUGAAGAUUCCGCCUCGAAUCUAUGUCAAUUGGGAUUGCGACAUCAUCAUCCCAACCGAGGGUCCCUUUGUGUACGGAGCUCACGAUGGUAUGAGGCCAAAGAUGAAGAUGUACCGUGUUGAUUACCACACACUCGCUUCGUGUUACAACAUCCGCCAUCUUGCCGUUCCAUAUGCUAUCAACAAGAAGUUUUUGAAACCUUUGAUCGAAACCCUUCCUCUUCAAGAAAUCACUACUUUCACUUCCUCGCAACGACUCGGAGAUUGGGCUGAACCUCGAGAGUGGGUACUUCAGAUGAGGACCAGGAUAUGUUCCGGCUUCGAAUUCAUAGAGCCCCGUCAAUUGUUUCAGUCGCUCAAGCACGAGAGAGAAUACUACGGUGUCAAAGACCUAGAUCCGGAUCAUCUGAUUCGUGGCGUGACAUGUGAGACCGAACAGGUGGAAAAUUUGGUAUCGGAAGUGGCAUUGCUGAUGCCUUCGGACUGGAAGCCGCCAAAGGUCAGUUUCAAGGUCAUGAAAAUUCUUAGGGAAUGA